ACAUGGCAGUCGCACUUGCCUUUGCCGGACUUUCACAUGACACGUCAUGGGGUCAAUAGCAAGCUUGCAUCUCAACGUAUCCUGAUACCAGUCUUGUAUCAACGAGCAAUUUCCAGUUUUGUUAUAUUUUCCAUCGCUUCAAUUGGAUAACGGUGGUAUACUCCGCCUUCGAACAAUGCCAUCCAAUAAAGAGAAUACCGAUCCCAAAGCUAUCCGAGCAGUACAGAAUAACAAAAACAACUCCUCACCCAACACGGCAUAUGGCCAUACUCCUGGCACUGUGGGAUUGCGUGGAUGGCAACCACCACAAGCUCACAUGUUCGUCUCGGCUCCAAGCUCUGUGAGUGGCUUUCCAACCACCGCCCAGCAACCACGCGGCAGCGUAUCACCAACAACUGCAAUCGAUCAGACCAGGCAUAGCAACAGCUCGACCGAAUCGCGAUCAUUGAACAGAGCUUCAGGGUCGCCCUUGAAGGUUCGGAAAACACGUGAAAACCUUCGAAAGGGUUAUCUCAAUGAUGCUGUUUCGAAGGGUGCACACUCAGUGCCCGACCUUACCUACAGCAAACAUACUGGCGUACAGCCACUCCGAGAGAUUCAAAACAUCGUGCACGAUGAAGUCGUCAGACCUCCGUCAACCAACCCUCGUUUCAGCUGGGAGUCUAACAGUAUCCAUCUCACAACAGUCAUCGAGCAGUCACCCUCCAAGCGCACCUCUAACCAAUCCAACAGGACCGAGCCAAAAUCUGCUCCGUCACUAUCCCGAAAGCUGUCGGUCCGCAAGCGUGUAGUUUCAAGAGUGAAAGAUGGUCUUCUUAGUCGAUCAAAAAGUUCUUCCAAGGCGCCAGUGAAGUCUGAGGAUGACGUUACCACCAGUCGUUCCGCUUCGGAGCAUGAAAGGUUCACUCAGAAUUCGGCAAACAAGAGUUUUCAGAAUAUGAAAAAGGAACAUAUCAUUGCUUCACAACUUCUUGCUUUCGAAUCGGUUCAGAGCUUCGUCUCGACCGACUCACCUACGGUAGACAUCAGCUCGACUCUGCUAGCCUUAUCGCCACUACACCCUGAUAUCAAAGGUGUCUUUCUGGGAAGUGACGGGAGCUUUCCGAGUCCAUCACAAAGAGCUCAGCCAAGCCCUUCACCUUCUCCAGAAAAGACUCCGCGCCCAGACAGAAGAUCUACAUGGUCAGCGAAAGUCCAUCUGAGCGUUCUAUCAAAACCUCUUACGAUGCUUCACAUCAAUCUAUCUGUCACACCUGCGUGGAACACCCUUGACCUGGCAGAUGAAGCGCAGAUGUGGGCAAUGAUCAAGGCUGAAGCAGCGGUCUCAAGCGAGCCGCCAAUAGACACAGAUGAAGCAAGCUCUGCCGUCCCCUCCCAGCAUGUUGGCAAGAGCCACAAAUUCCUGGAUGUAGUGGUUAUCAUUGACAACUCACCUUUGGCCUCCUCAUUGGCUCUUCAAAGCAUAUCCGAGUUUACCCGGCAUCUUUGCAGUCUGCUACGAGACCAUGGAGACCGUCUGGCCGUGUUUUGCACGCACUGUUCCCACGAAUCGCGGUGCUCCGAUACCAUGUCAGGCUGUCAGCUCCAUCGUUUACAGAGGCCGAAUGCAACAGCCCUUUCCAUCGACGUGGCAAGACUGGAUCCUAGCAAGGCAACGGCACCGCCUGCGGCCACUCAGAUGUCUGCAAUGAUGCAAGAAGCUGUAGCGUCAGUGGUCGAGAGAAGACAGGAUUCGAAUGACAGUGUCACACAUGCAUUUGUAUUGUCUCCGCUCCCCCGGAUAUGUACGUCAAUGCUUCGUAAAUUGGUAUCCUGGCCGAUCCAUCAAGUUCAGUUCGGCUAUGCCUACGACGCUCCUUUUCCUCAAGAUCAAGCUGGGGCAAACGGAUGGUGCUUUGAAUGGGACGCAGAUCAUCACACGACGUUGGAUGUCCUUAUCCAGUCAGCGCGAGAAGAAUCUUCUCAUCAAGAACUUUCACACGUUAGAGUGUCCAUUAACUCGGCCGAGCCCUGUCGCGUGGAAAGACUCCUGACUCCUCCCCGAAAGGCAACACUGCAUCCGGGUCAAUGUACCACUCUGUUCGCGAAAGUGCGGAUACCUUCGAUCAGUGAACGGCCAACUGCCGAUCCAAAAUCGAUUGAGGGUCUGUUCAGCGACCUUCAUGAAACACUCGGUAAUGUCAAGAAUGAGCUGUUCAAGGCGGAUGUGCGGUACAGACAUUCUCUUCUUCCUCGGAGCACAGAGCUUCGUACUGAGCUGGCUUGUGAACUGAUCCGCACGAAUAGAAACAGCCAAUGGGGUUCGACCCAUGAAGAGGAAGACAAGGAUGGUCUGGAAGUUGAGAUUGAGAAAGCCAAAUUUGCUGCAAGAAACUAUCCCCCGGAUGUUGCAAUCAAAAUCUUGCACAAGAAGUUUGGCAAAUUCUGGUCCGGCAAGAACGGACCACCAAUUCUGCAUAGCUUGCGCAAAGAGCUCGAGUUUCAACAGAAAGUGUCGGCGGAAACAACCAAGAGUGUAGCACAGUCGUCCUCAACAGCCAUACAACGACAAGCUUCAAGGAGUACACGCCGAACCACGAUGCAUUUCCCAGAUACCGAGGCUCUGCAGGUCUUCAACACAGCCCCUUCCACGCCUACCCCCGAAGAAAGCAACACAAGCAUAGCCACACCUACCAGCGAGAGUCGCUCCGACCAUGGACAAAGGCCAGACAGCCUCGUGAUACAAGAUGAGGCUCGACGGAUUUGGCGGCAUAUGCGACGCAACAGCCGGACCACGUCAGGGAUCUCAAGCGCAUCCGAAGCAAGUAGCCGUGCCGAAUCAGGGGCACAGCAGCAGCAAAGACCUCAGAGGCGUGGGUCACAGGAGAGUGUCAUGGACCGGAUGGCUGCUGCGGACACUCGCGUCAACGAGCUUCGCCUGAAGGCACUCCAAAACAAACGCAGUGUCGGCGCCGAGACAUUGCGAGACUUCAGUAUGAUGCAGCAACAGCAUGAGGAUGAGUUGGAUGAAUCGCGAUACGAGGCCAACUUGCCUUGGCUGUGAGUCGGUGUGGAAGAAGCGGUCUGGCAUCACCGGUCUGUCAGAACGUCUUUCGCCUUGUAAAAGGUGGGCCUAUUGAUUUGGGAGGGCACUGCUACAAAAUUCCGAAUUAGG